UAUAAAUUGAACUUGUUGGCAUCUAAUGCUUGUAUACCUGUAAUACAUCAUGUUUAAAGCUAAAUAUUAUAUUUAACCUGCAGAGUGCUAAUUAUGGAAAAGCAGAUAAAAAUUCGAUACGGCACUGAAAAGGCGAUUCAAUAUAUUCUGGCACCCGGUUCGGAUUCUGAACUGUCAGAGCUUGAAGAUGAUGAUGAAUGUGUGCAUGAAGUUGCAGCGAAUGAAUGCUGUGAGGCUGAUAAUCCAGAAUCAGAUGAUAGUGAUGUUGAUGAAAGUGAAGAAACUACCCCAGUUUUCAAGUGGAAUAAGAAGGAACCAGAAGCAAUUGAUGUAUCCUUUUCAGGGGCAGAAUUUACCCUACCUGAUAAUGUACAUGAACUGAGCCCUUUUUCAUAUUUUAAGAUGUUUUGGGAUGACACUAUUACCCAAAACAUUGUUGAACAAACAGAUUUGUAUAGUGUUCAACAAACAGGCAGCAGCAUUUCUACCACAAAGGAUGAAAUUGAAAGGCUGAUUGGUCUGCAAAUGAAAAUGGGCAUUGUAAAAUGCCAAACUAUGAACUUUACUGGGAAAAGGAGUUGCGUUAUGAGCCAAUUGCAUCUGUUAUGCCAUCAAAGCGGUAUAAGAAGCUGCGACAGUUUCUUCAUGUAAAUGACAAUUCCAAAAAAGAUGACCCAGACAACAAAGACAAUCGUCUAUAUAAGGUGUUGCCAGUAAUUGAAGGAGUUCGACAAAAUUGUCUAAAGGUUGAGCCAGAGAUUUCUCACUCUAUUGAUGAACAAAUCAUCCCAGCUAAGACUAAAUAUAGUGGAAUUCGGCAAUACAACCCGAAGAAACCAACUAAAUGUGGAUUUAAGAACUUUGUACAAGCUGGAAAAAGUGGUAUGAUCUAUGACUUCUUUAUUUAUGCUGGUGCCAAAAGUACUGGUCAAGAGAAAUGCACAUCGGAGUCAGUCGUUUUAAAACUUUGUGAAAGCUUGGCAAAGAACUGCAACCACUUGCUAUUUUUUGACAACUGGUUUGCAACAUUACCUCUUAUGUUGAAGCUGAAGUCUCUAGGCUAUCCCACCACUGCAACAGUUCGAGCUAACUGGAUUGCCAAAUGCCCUCUCAAGAGCGAGAAACAGCUGAAGAAGGAUGGUCGGGGUAGUUUUGACUACAGAACAGAUGAUACAUCACAGCUUCACAUUGUUCGAUGGCUUGACAACAAAUGUGUUCAACUGGUGUCAACCUAUGCUGGUGUCAAGUCAUCAAAAAAGGUGAAAAGAUGGGAUGGUAAAACCAAGAAACAUGUUGACGUUACGUGCCCAGAUGUUGUGUGCUAAUACAAUGAGUCCAUGGGUGGUGCCGACUUGGCUGACAAUGCUGAUUGCUCUGUAUCGCACAAAGAUCAAGACGAAAAGGUGGUAUCUUAAAGUUUUAUUCCAUUGUGUCGAUAUUGCCAAAGUGAAUGCCUGGAUUUUGUAUCGUCGCCACUGUGAUAUGGGGAAGGUGCCAAAGAAGCAGCAGCAGGCACUCCUAGACUUCAACAUAGCAAUCGCUGAAAGUCUGAUUAAGUGUGGCAAGUCUGGAAUGACAAGGAAACGUGGUAGACCAUCAUUGGAAGAAGCUGAGUUGAGAGCAACAGCUGAGAAGAGAGGAAGAAAGCCAGACACGCCUUUGCCUGCCAAGGUUAUUCGGUUAGACAGAUCGCAUCACUGGCCUGAGUAUAAAGAUUGAAAGAACCGUUGUCGGCAUUGCAAACUUGGGUUCAGUAGAGUGUACUGUGACAAGUGCAAUGUCUGUCUGUGUCUUAGCAAUGCACGAAACUGCUUCAGAGAUUUUCAUACUUUGUGAACUAAGUAGUUGACAUGAUAUUACUGUAGCAUGUGCACAAAUAGAAACUGUGGCUAUGACAUUUUCAAUUGUUUAUGCAGCACAAUAUUCAUAACACCAUUUUUAAGAAUUAAUAGAAUUAUCCUAGUUAGAAUAUGUACCUUAUUAAAUAAUUUAAAGUUAUUUGUGUGUACAAUAUAUAAGUACAACAAUCUUCAUUUAUUCUGCAGCUAAGACUCCCCCCGCCCCCCCCCUGUAACUGUGUAGCUCCCUGCUCUAAAAUGGACCUGAAGACAAUGCCACUUUGAUAAAAUGGAUUUUCACUAUUGCAGUUUGCAUAUUCUGGAAAAGCUGCAUAAAACAUACUAAACUACUAUGCAGGAUUUUCACUCAAAUUAUACCCCUAACUGGGCGGUGUUGCCAUAUGGCAACAAAUCAAAAACGACUUACCCCCCUGUUUUCCCACAUUUUUGCGUUUAACGUUAUUACUGCACUACUUUUAAAGAACUUUUUGUGUGAGAACAUUUUUUUAAAGAUGUAUUUCAAAAUGUGCACAGUAAAGGGCUAAUUAGAGAGCAACUUUUUAGACACAAGUUGGAAUCAUAUUUUCAAGUUCAUUUCAAAUCUAUACCUGCAUGACUUUUACACAAGGGGCCCAGAGACGCCGCUCGUGAUAUAGAUUUGAAAUUAACUAUAUAGUUGUAUAUGUAAGUCAGUGUCGCUAAUUAUACCAAAAAAUCUGUUUGUCUGUUAGAAAAAAAAAAGUCGAAGACAUCCUGGAAGGCUAACCCUGAUUUUGACACUAUUUAUUUGGGUUAAACACUGAUUUCUAGUUACAGUAAUAUAUACAUAAAAAAAUUGCUUUAUUUAAUUUCCAUUGCGUUUUUCUAUUCUUACUAAUGACUUAUACUAGUCUCUAAUCUGUUGCUUUGUAAAUUCUGUUGCAGACGGGUAUGACGUGAAGAAAUUGCCAUUAUUUAAGGCAGAGACGAUUGAUUUAAUAGGCAAGUUCUCAUCUCGUGGCAAAUUGGCAACUGCUUCCUUAAACUUACUCUCUUCAUCUGCAGUCAUUUUCCUUCGACUACGCGUUGUUGCAAAUUAUUUGCUUGGUGAUUGAAGUGAUGGUGGUACACCCGUCUUGUUAGAGGCCGGCGAACAGCGAAUUUCGCCUGCGCUCAGAAAAAAAACUAAAGCCAUUCGCCGGAGGCUCUGAAAAAUUCGCCAGCGCCUACAGUCUGUGCAGUUAUGAUAAGUUGUCAAGUUAACAUAUUAGCAGAGUAUCAAUAAUUUAUUAAAUGUGCUAAACUAUUCAUUAGUUUUUAUUAUACGAAUCUUUAUUUUUUGCUGAAAGUUCGCUAAACCAGUAAACUUUAAAUUCUUGCGUAAUCAGUAUAGUUAUGUACAUCGAUGAACAUACAGGGCUUUAAUGGCGUCUUGUAGGGUACACUCUAUUAGGGUAUAUGUUCUUUUUUGGUUAAUUAUGGAUAAUUCGGGUUUAAUAUCCAGCUGUUAUUGCGUGAUAAUCCAUGGUAAACAUGGCGACCGUUAAUGACAAUGAAUAAGAUGUUUUCGCUUGGUUUUGGUUUCAUUUGGAAGGUAUUGUACAAAGAAAAGAACAAUAUUAAAAACUUUUUCCAUUAAGUUAUGUUUAUCACUAGAAUUCAUUUCAUUUAUUCAUAUAUUUAGUAAAAAAUACAGGGAGAAAAUGUCGUUCGAAAAAGUAUGUAUGUCUUGUGGAAACAACACAUUCUAUUCGUGCGUAAAUUGCGAUUCUGGCAUUUGUAACCGCCCAAGUUGCAGCAAAGCCGUUGAUAUCACUCAUCCGGCAUAUUCUGAAGGACAUCCAAAAAAGAUAAGUGAAUGCAAUACUUGCAGUUGCAUCAAGAAAACAGUUCCAAAACAAAACCAAUCAACAAUAAAAGACUUCUUUGCCAAAAAGUGAGUACUUUACUCUUUAACUAUUAAAAUCAUUUCAAACUUUUGAAUUCGCCUGACUUAAACACUUUAAUCAUUGGAUCUGAUUCAAUCGUUAUAAAUUUGCGUAGAGUGUGUUAUAAAGUUGCCUGAAUAACUUCAUUUUUCCAUAACGUGAUUAAAUGGAUUUGCCCAUUGACAUAAACUAAAGACUAAAUUGUUAUGACUAAUGUUAUUAUAAGUUCAUAACAGGGCAGUCAGUCAUUCAUAAAUAUCCUCACUAUCUGAUUGGCUUGUUUUAUGUUCUAGACCUUCCAACUCUAAUGUGAUAACUGCGCCCGAUCCAGACCAACCAUCAACUAGUAAAACAACCCCUUCAGUUGCAACGUAAGUUAAAGUUCUUCAAUAUACAGUCAAAUAAAUCAUUGAGUCUUUGGAAAUAAUCCUUUAAUAUACUUUUAAUUGUUAUCUAUUCUUCUUGCAAGUUGCAGGGAGUAAAACAAAUCAAAACUAGUAUCAGUAACAUUGAAACAUAUUUUUCUUGUAUACUAUAGGAAACGUCCGUUGUCAAAUAAUCAAACAGAAGGUGAAGUUACCUCAAAAAAGCCGAAGAUCGUAACUUCACAUUUUUAUGGUGUAACUGAGGAAGAAUGUUGUCUCCAGCUUGCUAAACUCAUAGAGACUGCAUUUCUUAAUCAUUUUCAAGGUGAUAUUCUACCAGAACACAUUCAUAAUUAUUACAUUUGCAAGUUGAGAAAUUGUACAGAUAUAAGCGAGGAAGACAAAACGAAAAUGAAGAAGGAUAACAAAUUCCAGCAUAAAUGGUUAACAGACGUCGACAUUGCAUACUGCAAAGAAACCGGAAUCUGGUGUUUAUGUUACAUUGACAACAGAGGAAUGUUCUGUGGGCUUUGCAGGAUUCACAAUACAUGUCAACCAUCUAACAAUUCCAAAGUCUAGAAUACAGAGGCCAACACCCGAUGCAGGACAGGAACUGUGAAAGGUCAUUUACUCCAAGCAAGUAAAGGAAGCACUACUCUGCAUGGUAAAAUAGCUGCAUCAUUGGAGAAAUCAAAAUACAGCUCUUACUUUGUGACUACACAAAAAGAAAGAGAAAAUUACAUCAACAGCAGUUAUUUGGCAGUUUUCAAAGCCUUAUACUGGCUGGCCAAAGAAGAAGUGGCUAAUGCAAAAACUGUUUCAUUACUUGGCUUAUUGGAGGAGCUUGGGGUGAAAGAAGUUGGUGCAUUUACAACACGCUCAGAAUCAGUCUUAAGAAAAAUGGUCAUACUUAUUGCCAAUACCAUUACAGAAAAAAUCGUCAACAAGAUUAAGAAAUCUGAAGCUUUCGGACUUUUAACUGAUGAAGUCACAGACAUAUCAAACGUGCAACAGCUAGUGUCAUUUAUUCAGUUUUUUGAUGACGAAAUUGGUGAUUGUGUAACCAAGUUUAUUGAAACAGCAGAUCUUCUGGAGAGUUCACCAAAUUCAUCUCCAGAUGCUGAUGCUAUCUUUUCCUGCCUGGUUAAACUCUUGCAAAAGCAUGGUUUAGAUCUAAAUGAAUUGAAAGGCUUUGGAAGCGAUGGAGCAAGCGUAAUGACAGGAAGGAACAGAGGCGUAGCUGCAAAAUUCAAGAGUUUGGAAGAAUGCAAAACCAUGAUAAAUAUUCAUUGUGUAUGUCACCGCUUGGCCCUUGCAUGUGCAGAUACUGAUGAUGAACUGAAGUUUAUUCAAGAUUUUGAGAAAACAGCUUUAGAGUUAUGGUCUUUUUUCAAAAAGUCGCCAAAGAGACUUAAAAUAUAUAUUAAAGUAACAUUGGGGGUGAGAAAUUUCGAUGCUAUGUCAAAAAGGCAAAAAAAGAAGUUGGUGAGGAAGGUGAAAAAAGCUGUUAGAACGAGAUGGUUGAGUCUAAAUGCCUCUGUUGAUUCGAUAAGCCAGGAAUAUGUCGGGUUAGUCCAUGCCCUGCGUUCGAUGCAAGAAGAUAGAAAUUCUGGUUCCACUGCCAAAGGGCUCUUAAAGAAGAUUGACUCGGUUCAAUUUCUCGGGACUUUAUAUCUGUUGAAAUUCGUCCUGCCACACUUAUCAGCUUUAAGUCACACUAUUCAAGCUUGA